AUGGCGAACACUGUGAUCCAGUUCGAGAACUGGACAACCCCAGCGCUUGAUACUCUCAACUUCUCGUCAGACUGCUCGCUCGUUGGCGACUUCUUUACAUCAUGGUUUAAUGUCGAAGCUGCCUCUCUGGUCCAAGUGGACAUCCCCGAGAUCACCAAUGCGACAUUCUGGGUUCCUGCAACUCUAGAUGAGAACACCACUGCGGCCUAUUUUCGAAACGCGCUCCCCGUCGAUCUACAAGCUGUAGCCAGCUUCCCCGAUAUCCUGGAGUGGGAAUACCGGCUGCGCCUCAACUACAACGCCACUGUGUCCGCAUAUAACGAAACCAACCCUUCCACGCAUCCCGACUUUGUCUAUUUUUCCAGCGUCAUCGAUCAACCGGCUCACGAGUGCAGAAGCGAAAUCUGUCAAGUCGGCUUCUCCCCUGAUCAACUUUCGGAUAUCAAUGGCCCUGGAAUCUUCCUGUUCUCGUGGUUCCAAACAGCCGUCUUGUCAUUCUAUGCUCUCAUUGUGGCGGUCAAGGCCGUCGGGCUAGGGUAUCACAUCCACGAGGAACAACAAUACAACCUGCCGCCCUCCAAGCUUAGCAGGCCACCCGGCUCACGGUGGCACAUUUUCUAUCGCGCCAUCAUGAAGUCCUUUGAUGGGUUUGCCGAUACCAUCAUUGUCGUUAACCUGGCACUACCCGUUGCCCUUGCGGUGUAUUACAUCCCAGGCAUCAUGUCACGGGCACAUUUCUACAAGAAGGACCUGCUGCUCGCCGCGUGGGUGGCGUCGCUGUCCCUGAGCUCGUCCAUCCUGGCCUGGCGCACCGGCGCGUGCACGCACCGCAUCACGCGGAUGGCAGAAGAGCGCAAGCCAAAGGGUGACCGAGACCCCGACCUUCUCCGCUCCCGCGCAAGCACGAUCCGCGACAUUCUGAUCUUCCUCAGCUUUGGGCUCACCGUCGGCCUGGGCUUUUUGACCGCGCUCAACACGCUGGGCUCGCCCACGUUUAGCUUCGAAACGUACUCGGACACCGUCUGCCAGUUCCACUACACGCCUGACGGCAAGAAUAUCGCGAUCGUCACGGGUUGCAUCGUCGCAUAUAUCGUCGUUCGCGUCGUGGUGGGCUGGCUGGUUAUGCGUUGUGUUUUCAAGCGGCUCGACAAGUCCCACCCGAUACCACGGCCGAAUAACCAGGGCAGGCGACCCCCCGCCGGCCGGCUGCAGCGCAUACGCGAGCGCCACCGGCUCAUCCAGAACGACCCGCGGCGGCGCCGGGUCGUGUUUAUCAUGGCAGUUGUGGACGUGCUCGUCUUUGGGGCCGCCACUUGGGCUCUUCUCGUCCUGUAUACGAAAUUCCGCACCGAGAUCCUGUUGGACCUGGGCCAAGACUGGUUCACGCAGGGUUGGACGCUGGGCCAGGUUCUUGCGAUCUUCGCGGCUGCGCCUAUCGCCAUGGGGUUUUUGCGAGACUUGCGUGAGUUUUCCCUCCACACUACUCGGUUCUUCAGCACAGAAAGAUUUGCCAACAUGGUUUCUGACAUGCAUGUAAAACGUAGGCAAGGGGUUCAAAAGAGCGCAAACACCCUGAAGGUAACAGUGACAACGAGAAUCUCCAUCCUGGCUCUCUAA